AUGGGGUAUCGAAAUGGCAUUUCAGCUGGCAAAGAAGCUUCUGCACAAAAGGGCUUUAAUGUUGGCUUUAAGCAAUCUGUACUUAUUGCUUACAAGUGGGGCUUUGUUAGAGGAAUUUCUAGUGCAUAUAUCAAUCUUCCAGAUGACUUUAUAGAAAAAUUGGCAACAAGAACUGAGAAAAAAGUUCAGCUUCAGAAUCUCCAUCAGUCUGCGCAGAUGAUUUCAACAACAGAUGCGAUCAAGAUGUUUCAUGAAAGCAUUUGACUUAUCAAAACCUCGAAGGAACCCUCAGAGAGCAAUUCUCAGUUAUCAACCAGUAGUGAAGAAGUUUCUGGCUGCAACAUGUUAGAUAGCCUUUGCAAGGAGCUUAUUUUGGUUUUUCAUGAUUCACCAGAAAUU